GCGCCAGGAGCUCGUUUCCGCGUCCCGCCAUCGUCGCCUGGAGCGUGAUUUGCCUCUGCAACUUGACUCUCCUCUAGGAAGAGCACUCCAGAGAGCAGGAAUAUGGCCCCAGGGCUCCUGACAACCAGGGAGGAGGCCGGGCGCACGGCGGGAGCGGCGAGCAGACAUAAGCAGUUCACAUUGUUGGGCGACUUUUGCAACAACUCGCUGCACCGCGGCCUUCCACGCGCCGCCGGCCGGGCAUGAGUUAGUGGCAGACGUGGACGCCAAACGUUUGCUGCUGCCCGAUUUCUCCACCCAGGUGAACUCGUCCCUCACCUCCCCGACAGGCCGAGGCGCCAUGGCCGCACCCUCGCUGCACCCAUCCCUGGGGCCUGGCACUAACAUCAGCUCAUGAGCCACCUGUGCCUGUCCCCGGCUCGGCCCGGCUGGGUGAAGCGGCUUCCCCGCAGGCCCCUCUUCUCAGUGGCUGCUUCCUGGGCCACCAGGGCACCUCGGCGCCUUCAGGCAUGUUCCUCAGCUGGCCACCUCCUUGCUUUGCCUUCCGAUGGCGCUCCUGAGGCUGAGGAGUGAAGAGGCCGCAGAGCCAGGCCACCCUGGGCUUCGUCAGGCAUUGAUGGCCUUCUGGGAUGUGGCUGUGGCCUUCACCCAGAAGGAGUGGAAGCUAUUGAGUUCUGCUCAGAGGACCCUGUACAGGGAAGUGAUGCUGGAGAACUAUAGCCAUCUGGUCUCACUGGGAAUUGCAUUUUCCAAACCAAAGCUCAUCGCACAGCUGGAGCAAGGGGACGAACCUUGGAGAGAGGAGAGUAAACAUCUUCUGGACCUUUGUCCAGAGCCUAGGACAGAAUUCCAGCCCCGUCUUCCCCGCCUGGUGGCCUUUUCUAGCUCGCAGCUCCUCAGACAGUAUGCGCUAAGUGGUCGUCCCACCCAGAUCUCCUCCAGCUCAUCUGCGGGAAAUGACUUCCAGCUAGAAGCUCCAAGCUGCUCUAGUGCAAAAGGAGAAAGUGGAGAGACAGAAGUCCCCGACACCUCAUUACGAAAGAGGCCAAGCAGAAUUUCUAGGACAUUCUUCGGCUCACAUCAAGGUGACCCGGUAGAAUGGGUGGAAGACAACAGAGAAGGAGGAAUAGACCGUGGCCUGGCCCAGAGGAUGAGUCCUGGGGGCUCAGACACAAUGUUGAAGGCAGUAGACAUCUCAGAAUCUGGAGCAGUCACACGUGGAAACUGUAGACUGGGACUUAGCAAAAAGUCAAGCCUGUUCAGCCACCAGAAGCAUCAUGUGUGCCCUGAAUGUGGGAGAGGCUUUUGCCAGAGGUCAGACCUUAUCAAGCACCAGAGGACACACACCGGGGAGAAGCCGUACCUGUGUGCUGAGUGCGGGCGUCGGUUUAGCCAGAAGGCCUCGCUCUCCAUCCACCAGAGGAAGCACUCGGGCGAGAAGCCGUAUGUGUGCAGGGAAUGCGGGCGACGCUUCAGGUAUACGUCCUCUCUGACUAAUCACAAGAGGGUUCACUCCGGGGAGAGGCCCUUUGUGUGUCAGGAGUGUGGGCGAGGCUUCCGCCAGAAGAUAGCCCUCAUUCUACACCAGAGGACACACUGGGAAGAGAAGCCCUUCGUGUGUCCCGAGUGUGGGAGAGGCUUUUGCCAGAAGGCGUCCCUCCUCCAGCACCAGAGCUCACACACUGGUGAGAGGCCCUUCCUGUGCCUUGAGUGUGGGCGUGGCUUCAGGCAGCAGUCCCUCCUGCUCAGCCAUCAGGUCACACACUCAGGGGAGAAGCCUUAUGUCUGUGCUGAGUGUGGGCACGGCUUUCGCCAGAAGGUCACUCUCAUCAGGCACCAGAGGACACACACAGGGGAGAAGCCCUACCUGUGCCCCCAGUGUGGCCGGGGUUUUAGCCAGAAGGUCACCCUCGUCGGACACCUGAGGACACACACAGGGGAGAAGCCCUACCUGUGCCCGGAGUGUGGCCGUGGCUUUGGUCAGAAGGUCACUCUCCUCAGGCACCAGAGGACACACACUGGGGAGAAGCCCUACCUGUGCCCGGAGUGUGGGCGUGCCUUCGGCUUUAAGUCACUCCUGACCCGACACCAGAGGACACACUCAGAGGAGGAGCUUUAUGUAGACAGGGUGUGUGGGCAAGGACUUGACCAGAAGUCACAGCUUAUCUCUGACCAAAGGACACACUCAGGAGAGAAGCCCUGCGUUUGUGAUGAGUGUGGGCGCGGCUUCGGCUUUAAGUCUGCCCUCAUCCGCCAUCAGCGGACCCAUUCUGGGGAGAAGCCCUACGUCUGCAAGGAGUGUGGGCGUGGCUUUAGCCAGAAGUCUCACUUGCAUAGACACAGGAGGACCAAGUCUGGCCAUCGGCUCCUACCACAAGAGGUCUUCUGACCUUUCCUUUCCUCGUCAGUGUGAAGCUGGCAGAAAUCACUAGUAAAUGCUUCAGUUUCCUGAAAUGGAACGGAAACAAAAAAUGUAGCUUUGUUUCAUCGAUGAUAAGAUAGUUGCUUUUGGUUUACUUUCUAUAUUCACAAUUUGUCUUAGCUUGCUAGGGGUUCCAUAACAAAGUACCGCAGGCUGGGUGACUUUACCAACAGAAAUGUAUUUUCACAUUUACAGAGGCCGGAAGUCCCAGAUCCGGGUAUUGGUAGGUUUGAUUGCUGCUAAAACCUCUCUGCGUGGCUUGCGGAUGGCUGCUCCCUGGCCGUGUCCUCACGUGGCCUUUUUUCUGUGUGGAUGCUUUCCUGGUGUGAGUUCCUCUUCUUGUAGGGAUACCAGUCAUUUUGAAUAGGGCCAUAGCCACAUGCCUCAUUUAACCUUCAUAACCUUCAAGGUCCCAUCUCCAGAUAGAGUCACACUGCAGGGCUGGGACUUCAGCAGCUUUUGGGAAACCACAUUUGGUCUGUGCCGCUCCACUAGCAAAGUUUAGAUCCUUUUAACAUGCAAAAUGCAUUCACGUGAUCCCAGCAGUCCUAAAAUUGUGUACCCAAUUCAACCUGAACUCUGGAUCCAAAAUCUCAUUUAAAUAUCAUCUAAAUCAGGCAUGAGUGAGACUUUAGGUACAGUUCAUCCUUAGGCAAAAUUCUCCAGCUGUGAUCCUGUGAAACCAGACGGAUUAUCUGCUUCCAAAAUAUUAUACAAUGGUGGGAUAAGCAGAGGCUGGACUUCCCCAUUCCAAAAGCGAGACAUGAGAAGGAAAUGCGGAAUGAUGGAUCCCAAUCAAGUCUCAAACCUGGCAAGGCAACUUCCAUAGAUUUUCAGUCUUGGGAACAAUCUCCUUUGGCUCAGUGCUCUGCGCUCUGGGCCAGCUGGAUUUGUACACCUGCUUUGUGGGCUCAUGGGAGCUGCAGGGUUGCUCCCUUAGCCCUGGGCAGCGGCUCCUGGCCCACUGAAAUUGAGGAGGAGACGCGCUUGCCCUCUAGACCUGUACGCUCUGGGCUCAUGAGAAGCUUUGAGAAUCAGAUUCUUCCCUUUUCUUGAAGAUUUACUUAUGUUUGCAGCUGGAUAGCUCUAUUGUACCUUCCUGUGGAAUCCCAGUCCCACGGCCUGCCUUCAUUUUGUCCUGUCUCUUUCUCUAUUCAGUUCAAGCUUGGAGCAUUUCUGGUGAGCUGGUUCAUCGCUUCCAUUCAGACCUACACUAAACUCUUUAUCAUGUGAUUGUCCAGCCACACCAUAGUGUUCUUUUGAGAACAUACUUUCUCAUUUUUUGCAAUGUGAACAGUCGGAGAAUUUUUCAAAUCUUUAAGUACUAGUUCUUUUUUGCUUAAGCCUUCCUUCCAUUUAUCCUUCUCCUCUCACAUUUUCCUAUAAAGAGCAAGGAGAAAACAGGCUGUGCUUCAUCGCUUUGUGUAGAAAUAUCACCUGAAUAUCCUGCACUGCCUCACUCCCAAGUUCUAUACGCCACAAAACACUCGAAUGCAUUUGGGUAAGUCCUUUGCAAGGAUUCCAGUUUCCAGUUACACAUUCCUUAAAAUUUAAAACAAACAAGAAAAACCCCACACAUUUUGUAGAUCCGGGUUUUUGCCAUGUUGCUUAGGCUGGUCUCACACUUGACCUCAA